CUUAAGGCCCGAACGACAGUCUGGCAACACUGGCGCGAGGCCGAACUUUGCUGUCCUGGGGAAAAUUCGUGAAAAACUAUCUGCCGAUUUUUCGGUGGCCAUGCCCGUGAUUACCAAAUAAUCCGGACGGACAGCGGACAUGCUGUUCCUCAUUGACGGCCCGUCAUAAGCCGUUCUCCACCAAAUAGGAAACGAAACUGCUAAAGCCAAAAACCAAAGCGUUUUUGCAACCGCUGGACCCGUAGUAGAGUCAGAGUCAGUGUCCCCCCAGAAAAAUAUGACACCGUUCGAUGAUUUCGUUUAUUUGAUAAAUCAUGUUUUGUUGGGCGAGGAGCCGACCAUUGAAGACUUUAUACUGCUGGUGGGCACGCUGGUGGCCUUCAUAGCCUUCAUACUUUGGUGUUGCUUUCCCAUCCAACCCAAGGAACCGGGACCGCAUCGCCAGUUUACCUGCAAAAUCAUCCAGAAUCCCAUCAAGGCCUUCGACGCGGCCCCCACCACUGAGGAGGCGGCCAAUGCGGCUGGAAGUAGCUCGACCUCUGGUGCCACCGGAGGCAACACCUCCAGCUGCAUGCAGUACAAUGGCAGCUCCUCCAGCGGUAGCUACAGCAAAAAUGGCACCGUUGCCAUGCACAACUACUAUGUCAAGAAUGGACAUCACUGCUGCACCUAAUUGUGGGAUGGAAGUCCCAUCAUCAUCAUCGAUAGCACCACCACCAUCACCAGUAGUAUCACUAGCCAUCGCCCAUGUCCAAGGCUGGGCGAUGCUGCUUAGUUAUCGCUGCUCAUUGUGGCGCUUUGAUCCUUGCUACCAUUUAGAGAGCACAGUCAUCCGUAUGCGGCCAGCAUAUCGAUUAGGAUUUGUGCCAAUUGGUUCGAAGACAGGUUGUUAGGCAGCAGCUGAAAGCUGUAACAGGCACAUUUGAAUUGUAAUUGCUCAGACUGAUUUGUUUACGGAGGAACAGGAUGAUCAGGCGGAACAGGAGGAGGAGGAAAACAGGCUUGCAGGACAACAGACACACACACACACUUGUGUAUUAGUUUCUAACAGGUUUCUAAAACUUGUGCGAGAUGUUGUAUUGUGUUUUUUGUGUGUGUAUUGAUUUUAUAGAGAUCAGAAUGCACACUCUAACUCUUAAGUACUAAGCACGCGUGGCAGCAUCUCUCUCCUAACUUCCAAUUUCCCCCCCUUUUGAUCCCGAUUCGAUGCCGAAAUAUUCCAAAAAUCCAAGACAUUUUGCCCACAAUGCGAGUGAGCAAACAAAACAAGAAACAAAAACGAUUUAAUCUCCCAUAAAUAAUAAUAUAUAUAUAUAUAAAUAUCUCUAAGAUACACACCAAUGGAUUAGAAUAGUAUUUUUUUCCUUAAAUCGCUAUUGAUUUUCUUUAUAAUUGCUAAUUAAUAAUUGUAUUUGUAUUUGAAUUAAUUGUUCGUCAUGUGUAAAAUGUGUGUGGUGUAUAUUUAUUGUAUGUUAGCCGAUAUUUGAUCUCAUUUAAUGAUUCUUUUGUGUGUUUAUUUUUUUUGUGAUGUAUAACUCCAAGAUAAUUCCGACAACACACUCCAUCACUCCUCCACUGCGCGUAGGGCUUGUAAAUCCCUCUAAAAAAAAAAAAACAAAAAUAUAAAAUACAAGAAAGCAAAGUGAAAGCCAA